AUGUUCACACAACCAUUCGGCGUGUCCUGGCGGAAAGCACUGGUCAGUCUACCACGCCUCGUCCCGGACUUUGUCCUCAACUUCACAUCGGCCGAAGGGCCACAGCCCAUCGUAUUCGACAUCCCUUCACGAGGCAAGCACCUCAUCCCCAUCUACGUGUGGGUGCCGCCCUUGCGCAAGCAUCACCGCCACGGCGACAAAAGCUCCGCAGGCUCGCACCUCAAGGAGACCCUUCAUCCACUGGGCAUCGACGAUAACCAUGCGGGCAAGUUGCCCGUCCUGAUCGACUUCCACGGCGGCAGCUUCAUCCUCGGCUCCUGCCAGGAACAAGCCCCCUUCUGCAGCCGGAUGUGCCGGGAACUGAACUGCGUGGUCAUCUCGGUCGACUACCGCCUGGGGCCGUACGCGCAGUACCCGGCCGCGAACCUCGACGCCGAGGAUGUCGUCCUCGCGAUCACGGACCGGAGCAACAAGGCGUACAAGCCACUGCGCGAGGGUAUCAUGUGGGCGAUGCUCAAGGAGGGCCGCAAGCCCGUGGAGCUGGACGACACGAAAAUCGCGCUCUCGGGAUUCAGCUCCGGCGGAAACCUGGCGUUGAACCUCGUGCUGAGUGUCAAGGACGAUCCCACCCUGGAGACCGACUGGCUCAGUCCCCUGCAGUGGGACUGGCCGACUGAUAUCCCCGUGCUGCUGUUCUAUCCCAGCUUGGACGCUCGACUGCUGCCCGACGAGCGGCCGCGGCCUGAGGGCCUCGAUCCGCCGAACAGCUUUGUCGAGCGCUGGCGCCUCGAGCGUGAGUUGAUGCCCACGUAUCUGCCGCCGGAGAAGAGAACCCACCCGCGAGCCAGUCCAGGACUGGCAGACAUCACGACGGUCCAAGAGGGCGACGAGUCCAAGUUCGGGCUCCAUCCGCGGGCGAAAGCGCUCCUGGUUCUUCCGCAGUUCGAUUCCUUGAACUCGCAAAGUCUGCUUUGGGUUCAGAAGGUGCAUGACCAGGGAAGGGGCGCCGAUCUCUUAGUCGAGGCGGUCAAGGGUGUCGUGCAUGGCUGGACGCAGUUUCCUGAUUCGUGGAUCAGCGAGGAGCACCGGAAGCUUAAGCUCGAGGCGUUCACAAAGGCGAGGGCGUUUUUGUUCGAGUGGUGGCAUUUGGGCAGCAACGAUGAGGCUGAGGACGAUGUUCAGGUCGAGGCUGCAGGUGACAAGGAGUGA